AUGCCUCACCGCGAGGCGUCUCCAGCCAUGUCGGAGAAUGAGUUCGACAUUACGAGCGCCCUCUUCAACAAUGACAGUGAUUCCGAUUCCGGUAGUGCCCCAGCUCGGCCCAAGGUCAGCCCUGCGCAGGACCUCGAUUUCCUCGGAGCCGACGACGACGAUGGCGACGCAGCCUUUAUCGCGACACAGCAGGCAUCUGCCAACCGCAAAGGAUCCAACCUCAAAGGCCGUACAGUGAAAAAGGGUGGUGGCUUUCAGGCAAUGGGACUCAAUGCGGGUCUGCUCAAGGCUAUUGCCCGGAAAGGAUUCUCGGUCCCUACUCCCAUCCAGCGAAAAACGAUCCCGGUGAUUAUGGACGACAAAGAUGUGGUCGGUAUGGCCCGAACUGGCUCCGGAAAGACUGCAGCUUUCGUAAUCCCGAUGAUCGAAAAACUGAAGAGCCACAGCACUAAAUUCGGUGCUCGGGGUCUGAUCAUGUCCCCGUCGAGAGAAUUGGCUUUGCAGACGUUGAAGGUGGUCAAAGAGAUGGGCCGUGGUACCGACUUGAGAGCCGUGCUACUUGUUGGCGGUGACAGCCUGGAAGAUCAGUUUGGAAUGAUGGCUGGAAACCCCGAUAUUGUGAUCGCAACUCCUGGUCGGUUCUUGCAUUUGAAAGUGGAAAUGGAUUUGGACCUUUCCAGUAUCAAAUAUGUUGUCUUUGAUGAAGCUGAUCGUCUCUUCGAAAUGGGAUUCGCUGCGCAGUUGGCCGAAAUUUUACAUGGCCUACCCUCAACUCGACAGACGCUGCUUUUCUCUGCCACCUUGCCGAAAUCGUUGGUUGAGUUCGCACGAGCCGGUCUACAAGAUCCAAACCUUGUCCGACUAGAUGCAGAGAGCAAAAUUUCUCCCGAUCUUCAGAAUGUCUUCUUCUCGAUCAAGUCGUCGGAUAAAGAAGGUGCUCUGCUUCACAUUCUACACAAUGUGAUCAAAAUGCCCACGGGGCCUACAGAAGUUUCACAGAAGCGCAAGGAUGAGUCCAAUUUCAAAAACAAGAAGCGCAAACGGGACGCAGAAAAGAAAGGCAACAACAAAGAAUCUCCGACCAAACACUCAACUAUCAUUUUCGCCGCGACCAAGCAUCACGUUGACUACUUAUACUCCCUGCUCCUCGAAGCCGGCUUCGCAACUUCUUACGCGUAUGGUUCUCUGGACCAGACGGCUCGUAAGAUUCAUGUUCAGAAUUUCCGAAGUGGCGUUUCCAACAUUCUGGUCGUCACUGAUGUAGCUGCCAGAGGUAUUGAUAUCCCUGUUCUUGCCAACGUCAUCAACUACGACUUCCCGUCUCAACCGAAAAUCUUCGUCCAUCGUGUUGGCCGUACUGCACGUGCUGGCCAAAAAGGUUGGAGUUACAGUCUUGUCCGCGAUGCGGAUGCUCCGUACAUGCUUGAUCUUCAGCUUUUCCUGGGCCGCCGAUUGGUUCUUGGCCGCCAGUACGGGGAAAAUGUCAAUUAUGCCGAGGACGUCGUCGUGGGUUCCAUCCCUAGAGAUCCCCUCUCUCGGAGCUGCGAAUGGGUCAACAAAGUGUUGGAUGAAAACUCCGACAUCUCUUCCCAACGGCAAGUGUCUGUGAGAGGUGAAAAGCUCUAUAUGCGCACCCGGAACGCCGCCUCGUUGGAGAGUGCCAAGAGGGCUAAGCAGGUCACUACCACUGAUGACUGGUCCGCAAUCCAUGUUCUAUUCAAUGAUGAGGCUAGUUUGGCUGAGAACGAGCGAGAGAAGAUGCUCUCUCGUAUCGGUGGUUACCGGCCACAGGAAACCAUUUUCGAAGUUCAUAAUCGUCGUGCUGGCAAAGGAGCUGCCAAGGGCGAAGGUGAAGAAGCCAUGAACACCAUCAAAAGAAUCCGGUCAACAGUUGAAAGAAAGAAGGAGCGCGCCGAGGCCAAGAAAAUAACCGAACUCGCCGAAAUGGGGGUCACUAAAAGCGGCGAAGGCAAUGAGAACGAUGAAAACGGCAAUGAAGACGAGGACAUUCCCGCCGAGGCUGGAGACAACAUGUCCGAGGCAGAUGAGUCGGAUCUCGAAGUCACUUUCUCCGCUUACUCGCAGCCAAAGAACAAAACUUCCGAUCGAGGCAAUGCUGUACCAGCGGCAGCCUCAUUCCAAAAUCCUGAAUAUUUCAUGGGAUACACUCCUACCAACCACAACUCCGCUGAAGACCGGGCAUACGGUGUUCACUCUGGCACGAACUCCAACUUCGCUCAGGAGUCGCGCAAUGCUGCGAUGGAUCUCAACGGCGACGAGGGUCAGAAGGCCCCCACUGAAGGUCGUUCUGCCAUGCGCUGGGACAAACGUCACAAGAAGUACGUGGCGCGACAGAACGAUGAGGACGGCUCGAAGGGUGAGCGUUUGGUGCGCGGCGAGAGUGGUGCCAAGAUUGCGUCCAGCUUCCGCAGCGGACGUUUCCAGUCUUGGAAGAAGGGCAAGCGCAUGAGCAACCUGCCUCGUGUCGGCGAGGCCGAGACGCCUGGCCUCAGCACGGGGCCAUCGGCCGGACCUCAUGGGCGAUUCCGACACCACAAGCAACAGGCUCCCAAACGGGCCGAUCCAUUGCGGUCGGACUACGACAAGAUGAAGAAGAAGAACGACGCAGCUCGCGAGCGCAUGCAGUCGCAGGCCGGUGGCGGGGCGUCGCGUGGAAAGAGCGAGAUUCGUUCGACGGACGACAUUCGCAAGGCGCGCAAGCUGAAACAGAAACGCCGCGAAAAGAACGCCCGCCCGUCGAAGAAGAGAUGA